UUUGAGAUGAGAAGCCACUGCUCUUAGUUAUGCAGUAUUCUUAAUCCAGAAUAAAAAUGAAAAACUUAAAUAUCCUUUUAUUGUCAUUUUAUUUUGCUGCUACUACCGUGUGGGCAGCAAACAGAGAAUAUUAUAUAGGAAUUGAAGAGAUAGAAUGGGAUUACGCACCGAAAAAGAUGAAUUUAGUUUUGAACAAGUCAUUAAGUGAAGAUGAGCACGCUGCCACCUUUCUGCAAAGAGGGGCAGACCGUAUUGGAAGUGUUUACAAGAAGGCUGUGUACAAGCAGUACACCAACAGCAGCUACAGAGAGGAAGUGAUCAAGCCAAAUUGGAUGGGAUAUUUAGGACCAUUGAUAGCAGCAGAAGAAGGGGACACAAUUAUUAUUCAUUUGAAAAACUUUGCUUCCAGGCCUUACAGCCUCCACUCUCAUGGAGUGAAAUACACCAAAGAACACGAAGGUGCAUUUUACCCAGACAACACCUCAAAGAACCAGAAGAAUGACGAUCAUGUUUAUCCAGGGCAGAACUACACCUAUGUGUGGGAGGUGUCCGCACAACACGCUCCAGCUAAGGAUGACACAAACUGUCUGACUCGGGUUUACCAUUCGCACGUGGAUGGUCCCAAGGAUGUAGCCUCUGGGCUCGUUGGACCUCUGAUCACCUGUAAAAAAGGUUCACUGGAUAUCUAUGGUGACAGCGAGGCAGACUACAUAUAUACCUUGCUGUUUACUGUUGCUGAUGAAAACCUGAGCUGGUACCUGGAUGAAAACAUUAAAACGUAUUGCUCAGCGCCCCCUGGCACAGUCGAUAAGGACAAUGAAGACUUUCAAGAGAGCAACAAAAUGCACUCAAUAAACGGUUUUGUUUAUGGAAACCUGCCUGGUCUGCUAAUGUGCGCUGGAAGUAAAAUACACUGGCACCUCCUUGGAAUGGGGAAUGAAGUCGAUAUCCACUCGGUCUACUUCAGUGGGCAAAUGCUAACUGACAGGACCCAUCACGUUGACACCAUCAGCCUGUUUCCUGCUACAUUUGUCAAUGCUGUGAUGGUGCCACACAACCUUGGGAAAUGGCUGCUCAGCUGCCAAGUCAAUGACCACGUUCAAGCUGGCAUGCAGGCUUUCUUUGAAGUGAAAACGUGUUUUCCGCCCGUGCACAGAGCUAGACCUCGUGGAGCUCAAAGACAAUACUACAUCGCUGCUGAAGAAGUGAUUUGGGAUUAUAGUCCAUCAGGGAUCAAUCACUUCUCUGGAGAUUCGUUAACCACUGACAGUGAUUCACAACCAUUUUUCGAAAAGGGUCCGCACAGAAUUGGAGGGAAAUACAAGAAGGCUGUUUACACUGAGUACACAGACGAGACUUUUACAACACGCAAGCAGCGGACCGAGGAGGAGCGACAUCUCGGGCUACUAGGGCCAGUGAUAAAAGCAGAAGUUGGAGAUACCAUCCAUGUCACAUUCCUUAACAAGGCGACCUACCCUUUCAGCAUUCAACCUCAUGGUGUAGAAUUCAAUAAAUAUAACGAAGGAGCUUUCUACAACUCCAUUCCUGGAGGUCAUGUAACUCCAUCCUCUGCCUCCCAUGUACUUCCUGGCUCUAAUUUUACCUAUGAGUGGACAGUCCCAGAAGAUGGAGGGCCGGUCUCUGAUGAUCCAGAUUGUAUAAACUGGCUGUACUACUCUGCAGUGGAUUCUGUAAAAGACACCAGCUCAGGUUUAGUGGGACCCCUCUUGGUCUGCAGAAGAGGUAGUCUCAGGUCUGGUAAACAGAAAAAUGUAGAUAAGGAAUUCCAUCUGCUCGCCACUGUGUCUGAUGAGAACCUGAGCUGGUAUUUGGAGGACAACAUUAAGAUGUUUGCAGGGAAGCCUGGUGAGGUGAACGUAGAUGAUGAAGACUUUCAAGAGUCAAACAAAAUGCAUUCGAUCAAUGGGUAUAUGUAUGGUUCCCUUUCUGGACUGAACAUGUGCAAAGGAGAUAAGGUUUCCUGGCAUCUUAAUGGUAUAGGAUCUGAAGUUGACAUACAUGGCAUAUUCUUCAGUGGGAACACUUUCAUAACUAAGGGGACCAGAAGAGAUGCAGUCAACCUGUUUCCACAUAUAUCUCAAACGCUUAUCAUGGAACCAGACUCCAUAGGAGAGCAUGAGGUGGUGUGCAGAACGACAGACCACUUCACUGGUGGAAUGAAGCAGCACUACAAAGUGGAAAAGUGUCACUGGUGGAAUACUAAGCUGGACCUCUUUACUUUACAUGAAAGAAAGUACUUCAUUGCAGCUGUUGAAAUGGAGUGGGAUUAUUCACCGAACAGGACCUGGGAGGAUGAGAUGCACCAGUUCAAUGAGGAAAGCCCUGGAAAUGCCUUUAUAUCCAAAGAAGAUAAGUUCAUUGGCUCCAAGUAUAAAAAAGUUGUGUACCGUGAAUAUAGCGAUGCAACAUUUACUACACCCAAGGAAAGAGGAGAGGAUGAGGAGCACCUAGGCAUCCUAGGACCGAUUAUUCAUGCCAAUGUUGGAGACAAAGUCAAAAUUGUAUUUAAGAACAUGGCUAACAGACCUUAUUCUAUACAUGCUCAUGGAGUAAAGACAGAUAGUGCCAAAAUUCACAAAACUGAACCAGGUGAAACGCACACCUACACUUGGAGCAUUCCUAAGAGAUCAGGUCCUAGCCAAGGAGACUCGGAGUGCACUGUUUGGGCUUACUUCUCCACAGAGGACACUGUCAAGGAUAUGUACAGUGGAUUGAUAGGACCUCUUGUUACUUGUAAAAAAAGCAUCCUGCGAAUGGUAGGCUUGAAGAAGCAAUUGCAAGAGUUUGUUCUUCUGUUUCUGGUCUUUGAUGAGAAUGAAUCCUGGUACCUUGAUGAAAAUAUUAAAGCCUACGUGUCGAAUCCACAGAAAGUAAUAAAAGAUGACGAGGAUUUUAUUGAAAGCAACAAAAUGCAUGCUAUUAAUGGCAAGAUGUUUGGAAAUCUACAUGGCCUGACAAUGCACGUUGGAGAAAAGGUAUACUGGUACCUCAUGGGGAUGGGGAAUGAAGUGGACAUACACACUGCUCAUUUCCAUGGUCACAGCUUUGAUUACAAGCUGAGUGGCACCCAUCGUGCAGAUGUGUUCGACCUGUUCCCAGCGACUUUCCAAACAGUGGAGAUGCAGCCUCUGUACCCAGGAACCUGGCUCCUGCACUGUCACGUGACUGAUCACAUGCAUGCUGGCAUGGAGACCACUUACACAGUCCUGGAGAAAGAGGAGCCCAGUGGCCCUCUACAUAAUAUGCAGACAUUUAUCAAAGAACACCUUGGAUUCAGAAAGGACUAGAGGAACAAUGACAAAUAUAUAUUUUCUGUUUUUUAUUUUCUGUGUAAAGGUUGAGCCUUGGUGGCUUUUUUUUGGUUUGUUUUUUGUUAGAAAGCUGCUAGACUUAUGUUAUUGGAAAUUAAUUUAAGUCCAACAACUGUGUAUCAAGUAUUACAAUUAUAUGUCUUUGAAGUAAAAGCCAAUAAGCAAGUUUGUUUUAGCCAUAUCACUCUUUCUACUCAGUACUGCAAUGAUUUUACAUAAUGAGUUUCUCACAUUCAAGCUGUGUUUCUGGGUUAACUUCACCAUGCUUUGAGUCUAUAUAAAAUGUGUGUGCUGUACAACAUAUUCCAUAAUUACUUACUUCAGUACUUUUUUUUGUUCAGUUUUCAAAUAAAACUGUUUAUUUUUCUUGCAA